AUGAAGCGAGUUCUAAGCAUUAACCACCACCACCAAGACCCCGCAAUCGGCAGGGAAAAGAGACUGAAGACGCCUAUCAGCGACCAGAAUUUGCGAGGAAACUAUCUUCAGCAGAAACCGAACGCCGAAUACACCGUUGGAUGGAUCUGCGCUGCGACCACAGAGUAUGUGGCUGCACGAGCCAUUCUCGAUGAAAAGCACGCAGGACCAGAAAAAGUAUCUCAGGCCAACCAAAGCGAUUUCACGCUUGGUCGCAUCGGAAAGCACAACGUUGUUAUUGCUACCUUACCCACCGGAGAAUAUGGAACAGCAUCGGCAGCGACUGUUGCAGCAGACAUGUCGCAUAAUUUUCCCAACAUCAGGAUCCGUCUGAUGGUUGGCAUCGGAGGCGGGGCACCUAGCGAAAGAAAUGACAUCCGCUUAGGCGACAUUGUGGUCAGCGCUCCUAGUAAUGGCAAGAGUGGUGUUUUUCAGUAUGAUUAUGGAAGAACGAUUCAAGGUCAACCUUUUCAGCCAACGCGAUUCCUCGACCAGUCGCCCAUGAUCCUCAGAACUGCCAUGACUGAGAAUAGCAGCUUGGUUAUUCACUACGGAAUGAUUGCUUCUGCGAAUCAGUUAAUGAAGAACGCCAUAAUUCGAGAUAAGAUGUCCUCGGAAUAUCAUGUGCUCUGCUUUGAAAAGGAAGCGGGCGGUCUUAUGAACACCUUUCCAUGCUUGGUCAUUCGAGGUAUAUGUGACUAUUCAGACUCACAUACGAAUGAGAUUUGGCAGGGUUAUGCCGCAAUGGCGGCCGCUGCAUAUGCAAAAGACCUUAUUAACCGUCUCCCUCCAUUAGAAUCUGCCGCUCCACAAAGCACAAUCAACUCAGCCUCAAGUCAACUUCCACUACAAGAGAAAAUGCCAUAUACAAUCAGUGUCGAGCAGAUGAAUGCACUGCUAGAUUCUUUACGGUUUGAUCAAAUUGAGGCCCGUCAAAUGACCAUUAAAAACGCUCAUGCCAAGACAUGUCGGUGGCUGCUGCACAAAUCUGAAUACAUCAACUGGUUAGACACAGCCAAAAUUAGUGAGCACCGUGGAUUUCUGUGGAUCAAGGGCAAACCUGGAACUGGAAAGUCAACACUUAUGAAAUUCGCUCUUAACAGCGCUAAAAAGACAAUGAGAGACAAAACUAUCAUUUACUUUUUCUUCAAUGCACGGGGAGAGGAGUUGGAGAAAUCUACGGUUGGAAUGUAUCGGUCACUUUUAUUACAACUCCUUGAAAAACUACCAGAGCUGCGAAAUAACCUUGAGUUACCUAAAAUAACAGCAUGGCCUGGAGAAGAGUACCGCUGGACCGCGGAAAUAUUGACAAACUUAUUGGAUCAAGCUAUCCAAAACCUCAAAGAAUCGAGUAUCAUCUGUUUUAUUGAUGCUUUGGAUGAAUGCGAUGAGAACCAAAUUCGCAAUAUGAUCAAGUUUUUUGAACGCGUUGGUGAAUCGCCUACAGCUGGAAGUUUCCGUGUCUGCUUUUCAAGUCGCCAUUAUCCUCAUGUCUCAAUUUCGAAAGGCCUAAAUCUGACCCUCGAAGGCCAGGAAGGACACACUCAGGACAUGAUUAGUUAUAUCAAUAGCGAACUGAAGAUUGGGAGUAGCGCUCUUGCGAACCAAAUCCGCGCCGAACUUCAAGAAAAAGCCUCGGGUGUCUUUAUACUACAAGAGAUCCCAGCAGAUCUCCAUGAAUUAUUCCGCGACAUUUUAACUCGCGAUCGACAGGAUGCUGAUGAGUUGCUCCUCUGUAUUCAGUGGGUGCUUUUCACGAAACAACCUCUGCGACCGGAGCAAUUAUAUUUUGCAAUGUUAUCCAAUGUUCUAUAUGAGUGGCAACCAAAUGAGAUUACAGCUUCUGAUAUCGAAAGGUUCAUAUUGAAUUCAUCUAAAGGCCUUACGGAAGUAACAAAGUCUAAGACUCCGACUGUUCAGUUUAUACAUGAAUCGGUUAAAGAUUAUCUCCUCAAAGAAAAUGGACUAAGAGAUAUUUGGCCUGAUCUUCAGGCAGAUGUGCACGGGGACGGCCACGAGCGAUUGAAGCAGUGUUGUUUGAAUUACAUUGCUAUCGGCAAACCUGCUUAUCUCGAAAUGGCGGCAAGGGUAGCACCUGAAGAAGCAAAAAGCCAGCCUCGCAAAUUAGCCAACGCUUCCUUUCCGUUCUUAGAAUACGCUGUGAAAAACGUUCUACAUCACGCAAACGAGGCGGAGGCUCAUGGUGCCAACCAGCCUGAGAUUCUCAAAGAAUUUCCGCUGGAUGAUUGGAUUCAACUCGAUAAUUUCCUCGAAAGGCAUGAGAUAAGGCGACAUAAACGGAACGUGAGCUUUCUGUAUAUCCUGGCCGAAUUUAACAUGAGCCAUCUGAUCAGGCGCCACCCGUGCAUAUUAUCUUUCCUAAAAAUAGAACCGGAACGCUAUGGGGCACCAGUAUUUGCAGCCUUGGCGAUGAAUAGCUUUGAAUCAACCCGAGUGUUUUUAGAUGCUUAUUUGGAGAUUGAGCCUUCAUUUCACGAUAUUGUUGACGACUAUUAUUCUGAUGGUAUUGAAAAAAAUAGCCUUGGGAGGAGUUUCAAAUUUUCUCAAGCACGCAGUUUUAGUGAUUUCAUCAUGAAGGGCGCCACUUUGUCUGCUGCCGUUUACCUUAAAAUGGCUCGCCCCAGGAAUUUGGACCUACGCCCCUACACUCAAGGAAAUCUAAACAUCGCUGCUAGGAAUGGCCAUCAGUCUAUCCUAAAAUUAUUUCUCGAUAGAGGCGCCGAUCUCGAUUAUUUGGCAGCACUUUUAGCUGCUGUCUCGAACGGUCAACAAGCUAAUGCUGAUUUCCUGCUUGGGAAUGGUGCAAAGAUUGUCGACACAGAUGGCAAUGGCCGCAUGUUUCUCGUGAUGGCAGCUAACAAAGGUCUUUAUUCCCUCGUUGAGCAAUCGCUCAAUAGUGGUGUUGACAUUAACAAUGGAUAUGAAGGCCGCUCUCCAUUAUCAUAUGCGGUAGAGUCCGGCAGUGAAGAUACAGUCCGACUAUUGGUUAGUAGAGGCGCGAGGAUCAAUGUUCAAGAUUUUGACAACAAGACGCCAUUAUCUUAUGCAAUACAGUCUGACAGUGAAGCUAUGGUCAAACUAUUGCUUGACACGGGCCCAGGAAUUGAUACUGAAGAUCAAAUAAGCGGAGCGUUAUUAUCUUAUGCAGUACAGCGUGGCAGCGAAGCUAUGGUCAAACUAUUGCUUAGCAGGGGCGUGGGAAUUGAUGCUAAAGACCAAAUGAGCAGAACGCCCCUAUCAUAUGCAGCACAAUCUGGCAGCCCAUAUAUGGUUCAACUGCUGCUUGACAGAGGUGCGGAAAUUGACGCUCAAGACAAGGAAAAGAAAACGCCAUUAUUUUACGGGAUAGAGAACGGCAAGAAAACUACAGUUGAGGUUUUGCUUCAUAGAGGUGCAGACCUCGAGAUGAAAGACAGCCAUGGCAAGGCGCCAUUACCAGCCGCAUAUAAUGCUAGUAGGGCUGUGGUUGAAAUAUUACUUGACAAAGGCGCAAAAAUUAACGUUCAAGACUCGGUCGGCAGGACGCCACUCUCAUAUGUAGUAUGUCUCGAAGACAACGAACCUCUGGUUAAGCUGCUGCUUGAGAGAGGUGCAGAUGUCAAUGCUAAAGAUAAUAAUGGCGCCACGCCAUUAUCACAUGCAAUAGCGACCAUGUGGCGUUUUACAGGUCCUCAUCAAAAAGCUGCGAUCCAGCUACUUCUUAAAAGAGGGGCAGAUGUUAACGCCAAAGAUAAUGAUGGCAGAACGCCCUUAUCACAUGCAGUAUUAAAAGGCUAUGAUGAAGAUAUAAUCCAACUGCUUCUUGCAAAAGGUGCAGAUGUGAAUGCUAAAGAUAAUCAUGGCAAGACACCAUUAUCAUACGUUGUAUCAGCUUAUAAUCCCCAAGAUACGGUCCAGCUGCUGCUUAACUGGGGCGCGGACGUUAACGUUAGAGAUAAUUAUGGCAAGACGCCAUUAUCAUACGCAGUAUCAACAUAUUAUAACGGAGAUACGGUCCAGCUGUUGCUCAAAGGGGGUGCGGAUGUUAACGUUAAAGAUAAUCUUGGCAAGACACCAUUAUCAUACGCGGUAUCAGCAUAUCAUAACCAAGAUACGGUCCAGUUGUUGCUUAAAAGGGGGGCGGAUGUUAAUGCGGAAGAUAAAAUCGGUGGGACACCACUAAUAUAUGCAAAGGGGUGUCCAUAUGAAGCUCAGCUUAAAAUGAAGGACAUGUGGGAUCAAAUAAUCUUAAAUCCGGAUGAUUCAAAGUGUUGA